AUGAGAAAUCUUACAUGGCAGAACAGAAGCUCCGUGUCAGAGUUUAUCCUGCUGGGAUUCUCCAGCCAGCCCGGGAUGCAGAUGCUGUUCUUUUUGGUCUUCCUGGCCAUCUACCUAGCCAUCCUCUUUGGGAACAGCCUCAUCUUUGCCCUUAUCAGGAUCGACUCUCGUCUCCACAUGCCCAUGUACUUUUUCCUGGCCAACCUCUCUUUCCUGGACAUCAGCUACACCACCACCACUGUGCCGCAGAUGCUGCUCCACCUCCUCGCCAAAAAGAAGAGCAUCUCUUACACAGGCUGCAUCAUCCAGAUGUACAUCUUCCUCUUCCUGGGGAUAACUGAGUGCAUCCUCUAUGCUGUGAUGGCCUAUGACCGGUACGUGGCCAUUUGCCACCCGCUGCGUCACCCUACCCUCAUCAUGAGCAGGUCGGUCUGUGUCAAAAUGGCCGCCAGCUCUUGGGUGGGUGGUUUCUUCUUUGGCAUGGUGCACACUGGCAUCACCAUGAGGCUGCCCUACUGUGGCCCAGAUGAGAUCAACCACUUCUUCUGUGAGGUGCCAGCCAUUUUGAAGCUGGCUUGUGAAGACACACGGGUCACUGAGGUGGUGCUUUUCGUGAUGGGGGUGAUACUGCUCAUGACCCCGGUCUUCUUGAUCCUGGUUUCUUACGUGUUCAUCCUAGCGGCCAUUUUGAGGAUCUCCACAGCGGAGGGGAGGUUGAAGGCCUUCUCCACCUGCACUGCGCACAUCACCAUGGUUACACUCUUCUAUGGUGCUGCCAUGUUCAUGUACAUGCGUCCUGUCUCCAGCUACUCACCUGAGAGGGACAAAUACUUCUCUUUGUUUUACAGUGUGGUGUCUGCCCUCCUGAAUCCUCUCAUCUACAGCCUGAGAAACAAGGAUGUCAAAGGAGCUCUGGUCAAAUUGAUGGGUAAAAAAUGA